UCUUCCCGAAGAAACACGGAGAACUGGAGCUAAUUUCAGUAGGAAGUCCAGAAAUAGUGUCCAAAAAGUCCACAAGUUUCCCCACAUUCCCAGUUCCGACUAAGCGGCGAUUCAGCUUGGUUUUGGUUUUCCACCAGCCACAUGGAUCUUAAUGAUCUGAACAAGGUCUGGGAAGUCAAACCUUUGAAGAAGGUGCGUGAUGAUGAGGCAAGAGAAAUUCUUGAAAAGGUAGCGAAGCAAGUGCAACCUAUAAUGCGCAAACGGAAAUGGAAAGUCAAGUUGCUCUCUGAAUUUUGUCCUGCCAAUCCAUCACUUUUAGGACUCAACAUAGGAGGAGGUGCAGAGGUUAAGCUUAGAUUGCGGCGACCAAACAAUGAGUUGGACUUCUUCCCUUAUACUCAAAUUCUUCACACCAUGCUUCAUGAACUCUGCCACAAUGAAUAUGGCCCGCAUAAUGCUGAUUUUUAUAACCUAUUGGACGAAAUCAGGAAGGAAUGUGAAGAGCUUAUGGCUAAAGGAAUUACAGGUACUGGACAAGGAUUUGAUCUCCCCGGAAAGCGAUUGGGCGGGUUUUCUCGACAACCUCCAUUGUCAUCAUUGCGGCAGAAAGCACUGGCUGCUGCAGAAAAUAGAUCACGAGUUGGAGCACUUUUGCCAUCGGGGCCUAAGCGUCUGGGGGGUGAUAGUAGCAUCAAGGCUGCACUCACCCCAAUUCAGGCUGCCGCUAUGGCUGCAGAAAGGAGGUUACACGAUGAUCUGUGGUGCGGCUCCAAAAUGGUAGAGAGCGAGGGACCCUCUGAAAGCUCUAAAACUUCAGUAGGACCAAAGCCUGAUCAUAUUUCAGUUCUAGGAACCGAUCCUCAGAUAAUGUGGGAAUGUUGUACGUGUACUUUAUUGAAUCAGCCGCUAGCGCUUCUAUGCGGAGCUUGUGGAACCCCAAAGGAUAGAGGAAAUGAAGCAAAUGCAGCAAAAGUCUGGUCUUGUAAGUUUUGCACGCUGCAUAAUAGCCACGAGGUUGACCGGUGCUUAGCUUGUGGAGAGUGGAGAUACUCUUAUGGUCCACCUGUUUCAACCACUGGUCCUCAUAUUGGCACCUAAACCACGAGAAGCGAAGAAUUCUUAAAAAAUUACAGGCGGACUUUAGUACAGGUCAGACGUUAUUGAUUAAAUUAAUUGCAAAUGUGUAUAUGGUGUAAUUAAGUGGCCAUAUUCACCCUCCUUAUUGCCUAUUCUGCUCGAGAAACCAUCUUUUAAUUUGUUAAUAGUGUUCGAGAAAAAUAGUGUAAUUAAAGUAGUUGGUAUCAGAAGUUGAUAUGUUUUUCAACUUUUCACUCAAUUGCAUGAGUAGAAUAAUAAUUUGAUAUGCAAAUUAGAAAGUCAUUUGUCACGAA